AUGCACGUUAUUGCUCCCGAAGAAAAGAAAAUUGGCCGCCUCGUGUUCAUCAUCAUGAGGGCGAAUUUUUGGAUUUUCAGUCACCAGUUCCUUCUAUGGAUCCAGAAGGCCAGCCCAAAUCCGAUCGGCCACUCGCCCCCGCGAGACCAGGCUCAACCUCAACCACCCCCGGCGCCCGAUAUCGAACCUCACAACAUUCGAGAACUGCAACUCGCCGCUCAGCUGGGGCAAGAUCUCGCCGGCACGGCCGCCCUCAUCCAGGGUGCCGCGGCUGAGAUUGCUAUGGAUGCUGGUCCCGAUCAGGCCCUUCGCAAUAUCCUCCCUCAUCCCUCGGCGGAAGGCGAGGCCCAGCACCAACAGGUGCACGAAGCUCAGCAGGAUGCCGCAGCCCAGAUUCAACAUUAUGUUACAGAUUCACAGCAUCACGCCGAUCAGAUGGCCCUCGCCAUGCCCAUGGCCCUCGACCAUCAUCACACAGCAUCGCCCUUUGGCUCAUCCGAGCCUCCUCCCCGAAAACGAUCCAAGGUUUCCCGAGCCUGUGAUGAAUGCCGGAGGAAAAAGGUCAAAUGCGACGCCCAGACCGACACGGGCAAUGCAGCCUGUUCCAGUUGCCGACGCGCGAAUCUACAGUGCCUGUUUAGCCGCAUUCCGCAGAAGCGCGGUCCGAGCAAAGGCUACAUCAAAGAGCUUGCCGACCGCAUUGGCAGCAUCGAGCAGCUCGUCCAGGGUGAAGAUCGCGGUACUAAGCGUUCGUUUUCUGCCAUAGCCCAGGAACCCCAGCCCGCCUCGGGCCCCGCGCUAGACCGGUACCAUACGCCCUAUUCCCCCAGUGACUUAUUACCUCAGUCGGAACUGGAGGGUACUCCGCUCGCUCGGGCCAGCGCAACGAUGUCACCCGGCGCCAGCAGCCCUGCGGAUGUUGGCCGCGCAUAUCAAAAACUUGUGAAUUGGGAGCUGUCGUUGACUGCGGUUCCCUCUAGUCAGCGACGCAUGACCGAUCUUGUAUAUGUUCAAACAUUGAUCCUCAUGGUCGUCGAGGCGGAUAAUCGACCACCCAACGCCGGAGGCCCGCCCAAAGAGGCUGUUAUAGGAAGAGCUAUCAGCGGUGCUCUUUCUCGACGGUUCCAUCGGUAUCGGCCGACCUCCUCGAGCGACCCAUCCUUGGCGACUGAUGCCGAGGAGGCUCUGUACCUCAAGACAUGGCUUUACCAGGAUACUUGGGCCGGCAUCUACCAUAUGCUCCAACCUACAAGACCCCCUACGUUUCCAACGCCCAACGAGCAGGAGUUGUCGACUCUCCUGCAUACGUGGCUAGAGGAAGAUAGGGAAGAGCUGCCAGACUACGUUGACCCGGGCCGCUUCCCGGUCGUCCACCUUGCCUACUGGCACUGCCGCCUACUCGCCUAUCUUGUGGAUGGGGAAGCAUCCGCGGCAACGCUCCUCUCCGCAGAAGACGGCGAGGAGAGCCUCCAGCGCCUAGCAGACGUUGCCACGGCCAGGUCCGAGACGAACCCGAAUGAUCCGGCGGCCCCCAAGGACGGCGAAGCGCCUGAAACGGAGGGUAGGGCGGGCGGCGAGACCGCUGGUGGCCCGAGUUCAUUAGAGGCCCCGACACGCCCUUAUCGCUACCUAGGCUUCAAUCCUGCGCCAAUACUCAGGGUCGGAUACCUAACCGUCAUGCGCGAGAUGCAUCCGUAG